CUUAUUAUUAGUGUCCUUCAGUCUAUCAUCAACAGAACAUCUAAAUUUAAUUCGUGUACAGAAUUGCUGUGUACAGCAAUUAACUAUUAUAACUAUUAUCUUCGCUCAAAUAUUCAGCAUUAUUUCUAAAUUAAUAUAACGAUCAAAGUAUUUGAUAACUGUCAAUAUUAUAUAAGUAUAUUGUGAUGAGUAUAACUCGAUACAUGUAUAAUUAUUUAUCCGAUUAUUAUUUAUCUGAUAAAUCAUACACAGAAAAUAAUUGUAAUCAGUUUUUCAAUCCGAAUAUCUGUCAUGUCUGUCAUGUCAGAGGCCAAAUCAAGGCAGAUUAAUGCCAUGUGAUUAGUGCGGCAUGGUCUUUUAUUGUUGCAAGGAGCAUCAAAUGAUGCAUAAAAGUUCGCAUAUGGAAGUCUGUAUAUAUAUGGCAAUCGCAAGAAUAGAAGGCUGGAAAUCGAACGCACGUCGUUUUAACUCAGAUGAAGAUUGGAGGUCAUCAUAAAAGACAUUUAUGCAAGGAAUUCAGAUGAAACACGUGAUCUAAAGCUGUACGAGAUAGAGAUAAUAUUAUGCGCAAGAUCAUGUUUUAUGUGUCACCAACAGAUUAAUCUGCGAACUUGCAACACUCUGCUAUUCUGCCAAUUAUUGUGACGAGCACUAUUUGAAUUUUCAAGAAAAACACAUGUCUAUGUGCAACGACUUAAUUGUAUUGCUGAACUUAAAUAUCUCAAUUAUCAACAACACUUACUUUAACACAUAUCCACAAAUAAAGUUCUACAAAAUGCAAGAAAAGUUUGAUGACAUGUUUACAUUUGUUAAUCAAUACUUUAAUAAUUAUAAAACGCCAAAUGUGAUAACUUGGGACGAGUGUACUUACAUAUAUUCGGAUUAUAUGUCAGCUUCAUUGACACUGUGUUACGGGUUAAAGCAAUUCGCACAUUUAUUUGAAGAAACACAGAUUUAUAGACAGGAAUGUAAAUUUACUAAACGCCCAGCAAAUUAUCAAUUUAUCAUACAUAUCAUAGGUGCGAGUUUAGUAGAUAUAACGGGCUUACCAUCAUGGGAACUUUUCUUACAUGUUUGCAAUAAAUAUAAAUAUUUGAAAAAGAAAAUUAAGGAAUUAAGAGUUAUAUUGAUAAAACCAGAAGUAGAUUGUGAGUGGAAUAAAUACUACAAUGUUUGCUGCAAUUGCCGCCAGUCCAAAACGCAGCUUUAUCUUGAAAAUGCACGUGUGUCCUAUGAAGAUUAUGUGCGCACAAAUUUGUAUAAGCAAGCAGAUAUCAUUAUUGCAUUUCAAGCAGAAUUUAGUGUAGAAAGUGCACUGUUAGAUAUUUUUAUCGCAACACAAGAUCGUAAAUGUCCGUUUUUUUUCACCACUGCAUCACAAAAUAAAGCAGAAGAAAUCAUAAAUAAGAUACAAAAAGUUAUGUAUGUUCCUCGAGAACAGUAUUCCAUAAAAAAUAAAUUCCGUAGUUACAGACCGUACAGAGACUACGAGACUGGUGGAAUUUAUUAUCGUAAUGAUUAUUUAGUUGUGUUCUUAUAAAUUUAAAUAAUACAAGCGAGACAGUAAGAAAUGUAGUUAAUAUAUAACAGCGUUCGGAAUUAUUUUCAGUUUUGGAACAGUUUCGAGGAUACAUUUACUUAUUAUACUUAUUAUACUUUCUUUUUCUACUGCAACUCGCAGGGCCGCGGGAUUAAUAAUUGUAUCACUCAGCCUUAGGGCCGUUUAUAUGGAGUUUAAGUUAUACAGAUAAAAUUUUGUUCGGCUAUUGAUAAGCGUCUCACAGAUAUUACAAUGUCAACGGUCCUAAGACUUGCUCUUCAGACGAGCUAGAACGGCAGAAAAUACCCAAGCCGAACUGAAAAUCAAUAUCCGAUUAUUUUCUCGUUAUUUUAAUUUUUAUCGUUAUUUUAUAUUUGACUUGGAUAUGAUUGUAUUUGUAAUUUAGUUAUAACUGUAUCUGCAAUUAUUGUUUAUUACAUUAUUGUUUGUUGUCAAU